UCAAUUAAAAACGUUUAUCAUAAAAUUUUGACGGUCUUCUUAUCACGGUUCGUUCGUUCGGCAACCAGUACAAUAUUAUUUUUCCCGCGCCAACGGACAAAGAGCGCGGCGCGUCUUAAUAUCCGAUCGGCAUUACAGUGUCUUCAAUCGUCGUGAUCCACAGCCGUGUUCGAUUGCAAAUUUACGGAAAUCCGAUCGUCUGAAAAACGUCGUGCGUUACUGGGUGUAGUUUUAAUCGGAAAUAUUAAUAUAUUUUGCGGCGCGACCAGCACCGUUUGGCUUUCUCGUACGGACGGCGAAACUAUUGUUACCGAGUGCGAUUUCUGUUGUGCACCGUCCGUUUUUGAAUCGUUUUAACAUCAACGGUAUUCACUAGUGGCUAACCUAGUCUGGCUUGGACGAAAAACCACUCGAUGAUUGUCCAUUGAACCCGUUUGGAACGCGAUAUUUUCACUCAAUUCAGGAUCGUUGGUCAUUCUUGAAUCUAAAAUGUCGAAACCGUCUAGUUACGUGUUUGUGGAUAUUGAAUACAUUCAACAGGUGGUAUAUGAUUUAAGACUAGAUGAACUACAGCAAAUUUUAGGAGAUGUUAAGCAGAACCAAUCUGGUAGCAUACAAGUGUUACGCCAACGUGUUUUAAGCUUGUUAACUGAUCCUAAACUAAAAAUAAUAGACUUCAAACAAAAAAUUUUAAAAGUCUAUAACGCUAGACUACAUCAAAACCAACAACCUCAACAACCACCACAACAAUUUUUACAAGCACCUCGAAACAACCUUCAAAUUCAUAGCCAAUCUUAUACAUCACCAAGACCAUAUCCUACACAAUCUGUUAUUGAAACCCCAAGUCCAGCUAUACAAUUUGAACACUUACCAUUCUUUAAGACGAUACAAACAUUAUUAAAGCCUGUGUACUGCCAGAAUAAAAUUGAUACUGCCAGCUUAACUGGGAUAAUUUAUCUAACAGAAAAUAUUAGACGUGCUAUUCUUAGUUCAUGGAAUGCUGCUAGACAAGAAUUUAAAAUUCAAGUAAUUUUAAGAUUAGUACAAGUCGGAGCUAAUGAAAAUGAUACUGAACGUUUACCUUACAAUAUCGUAGUUUUUGUAAAUGAUGAUGAAUGUAAGUUACCUCCAUUAAACUACCCUACAAUAAUGGGCAUUGCUCCAUGGAGGCGCAAUAUUCCUAUAGAUAUCACUCGACAAGUGAAUUUAAAAAAUUGUGGAAAAAACAUAUUAAAAAUUACAUGGGCAAAAGAAAAAUACAAAUUUAUGGCUGGUGUUUUUGUGGCCCACAGAUUGACUUGGAAUGAUCUGCUUGAAGAACUUAAAAAAAGACCCAAACGUGCCUCUGAUAAAACUAAAGAACUCAUUAAAAAAUCUAUGGUAAAUGAUGCUGAUAUGGGUGUAGAAUCUAUAAUUGCUACUGUUAUGGAUCCAUUAACUAAAUUAAGAAUGAAACUUCCUGCUCGAGGUGUAGACUGUAUACAUUUACAGUGUUUCGAUGCAAUACAAUUUUUACAGAUGAAUGAACAAAAGGCAAAAUGGAAAUGCCCAUUAUGUAAUAAAAAAAUGAAAUUUGAAAACAUUGAAGUUGAUGAGUUUUUUUUAAAUAUCGUUCUAAGUCCAGUUUUAAGCGAAGAAUGUGAAAAUGUUCUUUUAUUAAAAGAUGGGACAUGGUGUAAUGAAAAAAAUAAAGAAUUUUCAAACAAUUCUGGAACAAAUGACUGUGGAUCUACAAAAAAUAUAGAAGUACUUACAUUAUCAGAUCAUGAUGAUGAUAAUGAUGCGAUUAUUCCAAAACCAAAACGUUCCAAGUAUAAUCCAUCAAAAGUGGGAGAAUCUGAACAUGGUAUAAAAACUGAAGACCUAAGUGACGAACCUAUUAAUGGUGGUAGAUCACGCCCAUUAAUACCAUUAAUAGAUUCAAUCUCUACGUCAAAUAAUGUUUCCCUUCCAAACAUUUCAAUCUCAGGGUCCAAUAACUGUGUAGCUGGUAUUUCUGGGAGUAGUAGAAAUAAUAGACAUCAAGAAAAAGAUAAUUCAAGAUCGGUUUUAUGUGUUAUAACAUUAGAUUAAAUUAAUGUAUUUCAAUUCUUACUGAUCUUAGAUUGUAUACAAUUUGUUAUGUUUUUAACUCUCUUUUAAAAACAUAGUAUAACUGGAAAUGAUUUGUAUUUCAUCAAAACUGAAUAAAUUGUAAAUAAUUAAAACUCUUAAUAAUGUAUGUAAUAACUACUAUUAGAAGCCUUAUUUAACUUGAUUUUAAUACAGUUAUUGUUGUAAAUAAAUCAUAUUUUCCUAUGUUAAUAUAUUUAUAUUAUAUCAUUUAAAAUAUAAAGGUACCACAUUACAGCCUACUACUGAACAUGAUUGUGGCUGUGGAUUGGUAGCUACUGAUAUUCUUUUUUACCAGAAUAUAAUAUUUUUAAAUGUUGAA